GUUGGUUUACUCUGCCCUUUUUUCUCCCUACCAAACAACCUCUAAACCUGCUCACACACGGAUAAACUUCCACGAAAUCAUGGAGACGGGGGAAGAGGAUGGAAUCAGUGCUUUGCCAGAUUAUUUGCUUGUUGAAAUCCUCUCUCGUUUACCCUCUACAAAAGACGCCAUUAGAACAGGUAUACUCUCCAAGCGAUGGAAACAUCUUUGGACUUCGGUACAUACUCUUAUUUUUAAACAUUCAGAUGAUCCCCUGACUCAAUCUCGCCAAAACCCCAACUCUGUGUCCGAUUUCAUUUCAUUUGUGGAGAAAACCCUAACUCAAUGUCGCCAAUUGAAGCUCAAAAAAUUCGAUGUGUAUAUCACUUAUGAUAUACGAUUUGACUCACAGUUCAAUAAUUGGAUUCGUUAUGGUAUAAGUCGUAGCGUUGAAGAGCUUAAGUUUAAGUUUUGGUACAGGGGAUUGGAAACUGAGUUUCUGUUAGAUCAAUUUUUUUUCAUCAGUUCAUGUUUUAGAGAUCUAACAUUAGAAGGCUGCAUAUUAAAUCCAACUGGACCGAUUAUUUGGAAGAAUCUUAGGAGUUUGUGUAUUUUCAAUGCGAAAUUAGAUGAAGACUUGAUUGAAAAUAUGUUAUCCGGGAGCCCUGUAUUGCAAACUUUGGAGUUGGGUGUUUGCUAUGGUUAUAGGAAGAUUGAUAUCACUUCAAAGAGUGUUAAGAAAUUGGUGUUCUCUGGAUACAGUGCUCCUGAGAAUGGGUACUAUCUUGAUGAUAUUAUUGAAAUCAAUGCUCCUAAUAUUUUAUCACUAACAAUCCGAAAUGACUUGGUGUUGUGGAAGCUUUUGUUGCUAAAUGUAUCUUCUUUAGUCGAAGCUAACUUAGAUUAUGAAAAGCUUGGGUAUAGGGAGACAACUCGUGAUGAAGCUGCAUGAAAAUAGGGCCUCAUUACGAAUGUUGAAGUGGGUGUGUGUGACUACAUAAUAAGUAUUAUAAGAGGAAUUGUAUCAGCAAGAAGUUUUAAGGAGGUUGAAAUCAACCAAGGUAGAUAUCAAGGAAAUGUUAAUCUCGAUCAAACCUUCAAUUAAAACAUUAUGGUCUUUGGCUCUAAGAUUGCUAUACCUUUAAAAUGUCGAUGUGUAAAUAUUAUUUUAAUGAUAUUUAAUUAGACAGUGGCCCCUAAAAUUUUUAGGGUGGACUUAGUGGAACGGCAUGAGCCACAGGUCGGAGGCGGUACUGCUUGUACCGCCGGCCACUCCUGUGAUACCGUCAAUUGAAAGAGAAUCCAUGUUAUGUAAAUCGUUGUUAGUCUC